UUUCUAGGCAUGUAGAGGGCUAGGAUAGAUGCAGAAACUGGCUCAGACCUGUGAUCAGUGAAGCAGCUAUGGUUCUGUCACGGAGCUGAUACUAAGGGAUAUACAGAGAAGAAACAAGAGGAGCGUCAUUUUUCUUCUCUGACGAAAAUCAACAGUGUGAGAGCUGCUGUCUCCCCGACGCUGUGUUUUUUUCGUCUCUUCCAGUGGCGUUGAUCCCAAGCAAAGACCGAUGGAUUGACUUUCUUCUCCGCACCAUAUGCAGGAUUUCACAGGCCGGAACAUGCACAACAAAGCAAACAGCAGCGACAUAGCGGAUACGGAGUUAAGAACGUUUCAUUGUUUUGCUGGUUAUCCAGCCUGCUGAGUGUCUGAGGCAUUCGGGCUCCGUCAGGAAAACACAGUGACAGAGAGGCGUAGCUUUUUUUUGUGUGGAGGCUCAUGUUUUAACACGAAGAAGAAAGGUAGAAAAAUGAAAAUAAUGACGGGUAUUUAUAUUUAUUAUGCAUUAAUAAAACGUUACAGCAGUACUUAAUGUAAACCCAAUAACGCAUAACUUAAACCAAGUUAAAGGUGAAAAAUUCUGUUUGCUCACUUUUUUUAAUCCAAUUGUUGUGUAACAUCAGGUUACACCUAAAACCGAUGCUGUUCCUAGCUACCUUAGUGCAACUACAAGUUAUGCUGGGUUUUUGGUUUGUUUUUAAUACUUCAUUAUAUACUUCAGACUGUCACAGGCUAAUUCGUACAUAAGGCAGGGAUUUUCAAAUCACGCAAAUGUGAAUAUGUCUACCUUUAAAAUAAAUUAAACUUGCCAAAACAUACAAGUUGUUCCACCAAUACAAAGCAGCUUAAAGUACUGAUGAGCAGACAUUGUAAUUGUAAGUUGUGGAAAACAGUAAUAGUCAUCUCUGAAAUUGAAAUUACGUGAAACAAUUGCCAAGUCUGAACACAUGUAUUUGUAAUACAUGUGUUCAGACUGUCACUAAAUGUGGAUCAGACAGUGACUUCUGAUUAUAAGUGUCGUGGGUUGUUAUGUCGCAGACAGAAAAUGCACAGCCAGCAGUUGUUACAAGAACAAGCAUGAUUGACAUUACAUCUAAUUAGUCCCAGAGCCAGUUACUGACUGUUUUUAACAAGACUGAAAAUAUUGGUAUGCAUUAUACAUAAAAACAGCCACAUUAUUUAACUCCACAGUUUAUCAGCUCACAAGAAAACCUAGAUAUCACAGCAUGACAGUUAUUUCAAACCAGCCUCACAAGUCUAUCUAAUACCAUUGAAACGGACUUGACUCACCAUGUCUUUUCAUUUUUACUGUUCAUGACUCUGGAGAUAAAGAAAAUAGAUGGAUUAAAUACUAAUGGAUGGUGGGGAUUCAUUUAUCAGCAGGCAUGCCUGAAUCCAGGAAACCAAAAGUAACGUACUCAAAUCUGACUGGAUGUGUGUCAGAUCAGGGAUGAGUUUAGUUCUGUUGUUUUUGCACGUCAUCGAUGGAUUCGCCUUCUAGCACGGCCCUAUGGGGCAGCAGUGACAGCAACUACUCAGCUGACAACUCCAGGCCAAGCUUCAACCAGCUGGUUACUUCUUCACCUGCUGCAGCGAGGGUUGUUUCCAUAGUGACCAGCCUACUGACCAGCCUAGUGUCCACCACCACAGAGGCCACAGUGGGAACCACGGGAAACCUAUUGGCCUUUAGAGAUCAAAGGGGCAGUGAGCUCAGUCAAAGCCAUCAGGCAUCGACCCCUACACUGCUGAGCACCGCUGAGAGUAACUCCGUUCUGCAGGGUAUCACAGUGGCAGCACAGGCCCUGGUGCUCCUCUCCAUCUUCCUCCUGUCCAGCUUUGGUAACUCUGCAGUCGUCAUUGUCAUCAUCAAACACAGGCAGCUUCGAACAGUGACCAACGCCUUCAUCAUGUCGCUGUCGUUGUCCGACUUCCUCACAGCUGUUCUGUGUCUGCCAUUCUCUUUUGUCAUGCUCUUCAGUAAGGAUGGAAUCUGGAUGUUCGGGGAUCAUUUCUGUGUGGCCAAUGGCUUUUUCAAUACCUGCUUUGGUAUCAUUUCCACCCUGACUAUGACUUUGAUCUCCUUUGACAGGUACUAUGCCAUAGUUAGACAGCCACAGGCAAAAAUUGGGCGCCAGAAAGCAACUCGGCUGUUGAUAGCUGUGUGGUUAACUGCAGUUAUUUUCUCUUUACCUUGGUAUCUAUUAGUCCGGACACCAACAGAAAUCCAUAAGAGAGGUUUCUACCAUUGUAUGUAUGUGUUCCACUCUGGGACAUCACGCAUGGGGACGGCUUAUAGCAUCUGUCUUAUCGUUGUUUGUUAUUUGCUGCCCUUCUCCCUCAUGUGUUUUUGUCAUUAUAACAUCUGUAAGACAGUGCGGCUCUCAGAGAUCAGAGUCAGACCUGUGACCACAUACGCUUACUUACUGCGAUUUUACAGUGAAAUGCGAACUGCAACUACAGUUUUGAUUAUGAUUGUUUUCAUAAUUUUUUGUUGGGGGCCGUAUUGUUUAAUGGGGCUGGUUACAGCAAUGGGAGACUACAAAUUCAACCCUGCUAUGGACACGGUGGCCAUCUGGCUAGCCUGGGCAAAUGGAGCAAUCAAUCCUCUGAUCUACGCCCUGAGGAACCCCAAUAUAUCCAUGUUAAUGGGACGGAGCAGAGAGGAGGGCUAUCGGACAAGAAAUAUUGCAGCGUACCUCUCCAGCCAAACCCAGAAUCGUGAGAUUCGGCUUAACCAAGGAGAGAGGAUAAGGGACCACUACGUGAGUCGCGUAGGGGUGAAUAAUAACAGCCGGCUCUCCAGUUCAAGUCCUGGAAAAGGAGGAGAGGUGGCAAUGUGGGCCUGUAAAAACCCUGCUGUGUUCUUCUGCAGGGACGCCCAGCCUGACACUGCAACACUACCCAACUCUGUCAGCACUCAAAAUAUGAAGACAGUUGACACCAGCCUGUGACAUUCUCAAAAGUGUCUAUGAUCCAUACCACUUUUGUUCUAAGAAUCAAAUGGAUCAUGAAUAUCGUACCCAUAAUGUACUGUUAAAUUACAGAACUUUUCGAACUAUCUGAUAAGACAAAGUUUAUAUUAAAAAUUCAAUUCAAGCAGCUCUUGUAUUAAAGCUAACCAUGGUUAUAUGAAUUUCCUUCCUGAACUUGGAGGACACCAUGAGGCAAUCUAAAGGAUCCACAGAACCAUCUGAAACACCUCCUCAGUGAUUAAGCCUGGACGUGGACGCAAAACAUUUCUGUCGAGGACAAUGAUGAGUUUGUGCUUGUGCUGCAAAGAUCUUCAUGUCAGAUGUUGUUUCAUAUGUUGAUGCUGUGGAUAUGGAAAAAUGAUUAAGGGUCAGCUUUUUCUUAAUCCUAAACCUUCCAUGCUUGAAAUGUGUAUGUACUGUACAUGUCUUUUUCAGACUGUCCUCUCCAUAAAAAAUGACAUCAUUGACCAUUUGUUUGAAA